ACCCUCCUCUUCCAGCAGGCAGCUGAAUGGCAGCUUGCAGUGAUCCUGGCUAUGUAGCAAAUGUAAGAGGAUAUAAUGCACUUACUGAACAUAUCCAUGCUGGACUUGCACUGUCAGCCUGAUUUCCCCGACCCAGAGCUUGCCUUGCUCUGCAGCCCUGAAUCCCAGGGCAGGGCCGGUGGGCAGUGCAUACCAUUAACUUCAGCACUCUUUUUCCCUUCCAGCUAAGCCUGGAAAACCUUAGCCAAAAGACAGCAAACCACAGGGAAGUGGAGACGUGUGUGAUAAGCUGCUCUGGAGAGCCUGGAGUGCCACGGUGGAGUGCAGAACGUACGGCUUCACUGCAGGAUUUAGGUCGCCCUUGCUGUGGAGCACACGGGAUCUGGGGUAUUGUCCCUCUUCCUGAAAUUCCUGACUCACCUCCUGGCUACUUCUGACAUCUGUUUUUGAGGACUGAGCUUGCCCUAAAAGAAAUCAUGUCAUCAGGGGGAGCUGAAGAUGAUAUUCCUCAAGCAGAGAGAAAAACGGUGACAGACUUUUGCUACUUAUUGGAUAAAUCUAAGCAGCUCUUCAAUGGCUUAAGGGAUUUACCUCAGUAUGGGCAGAAGCAGUGGCAGUCCUAUUUUGGGCGAACAUUUGAUGUUUACACCAAACUCUGGAAGUUCCAACAGCAGCACCGACAAGUACUGGACAAUCGGUAUGGGUUGAAGAGGUGGCAAAUUGGGGAAAUUGCUUCCAAGAUUGGGCAGCUCUAUUACCAUUAUUACCUGCGCACCUCCGAAACCAGCUAUCUCAACGAGGCCUUCUCCUUCUACUCUGCCAUCAGGCAGAGGUCCUACUACUCCCAGGUCAACAAAGAAGACAGGCCUGAAUUAGUGGUUAAGAAGCUGCGUUACUAUGCAAGGUUUAUAGUGGUUUGUCUCCUGCUCAACAAGAUGGAUGUUGUAAAGGACCUUGUCAAGGAGCUGUCAGAUGAAAUUGAGGACUACACACAUCGUUUCAAUACUGAAGAUCAGGUGGAGUGGAACCUGGUACUUCAGGAAGUGGCAGCAUUUAUUGAGGCAGACCCUGUCAUGGUUUUAAAUGAUGACAACACCAUUGUAAUCACCUCUAACAGGCUUUCUGAGACGGGAGCUCCGUUGCUGGAGCAGGGCAUGAUAGUGGGACAGCUUGCUCUUGCAGAUGCGCUCAUUAUUGGCAACUGCAACAACCAGGUCAAGUUCAGUGAAUUAACAAUUGACAUGUUCCGGAUGCUGCAAGCCCUGGAGAGGGAGCCCAUGAACUUGGCAUCACAAAUGAACAAACCUGGAAUGCAGGAGUCAACAGAGAAACCAGCCAGGCGGGAAAACCCCCAUAAAUACCUACUUUAUAAACCAACUUUUAGCCAGCUAUAUACAUUCUUAGCAGCAUCAUUUAAGGAGCUGCCUGCCAACAGCGUGCUGCUGAUUUACCUGUCUGCCACGGGCGUGUUCCCAUCAGGUCGUUCGGAUAGUGAAGGUCCGUACGAUUUCGGGGGCGUGCUGACCAACAGCAACCGGGACAUCAUCAACGGGGACGCCAUCCACAAGCGCAACCAGUCCUACAAGGAGAUGCACUGCCUUCACCCUGGAGAUCUCUACCCUUUCACCAGAAAGCCCCUGUUCAUCAUCGUGGAUUCUUCCAACAGCGUGGCCUACAAGAAUUUCACAAACUUAUUUGGACAGCCAUUGGUGUGCUUGCUUUCUCCAACAGCAUAUCCAAAAGCAUUACAAGAUCAGUCUCAGCGGGGUAGCCUCUUCACACUCUUUCUGAACAAUCCCUUAAUGGCAUUCCUGUUUGUCUCUGGAUUGUCAAGCAUGCGCCGAGGGCUGUGGGAGAAGUGUCAGGAUUACCUCAGAAAAAUCAACCGGGACAUUGCGCAGCUGCUGACCCACUCCCGCUCCAUAGAUCAGUCCUUCCUUCAGUUUUUUGGGGAUGAAUUUCUUCGCUUGCUUCUCACAAGAUUUAUCUUCUGUUCGGCUACUAUGAGGAUGCACAAAAUCUUCCGGCAGGAGACUCGAAAUUAUCCUGAAUCUUAUCCUCAGCUGCCAAGAGAUGAAACGGUGGAGAACCCUCACCUCCAAAAGCACAUUUUGGAGCUGGCUUCCAUACUGGAUGUUAGGAAUGUUUUCCUGGAAAACACACUCGAUGACUAUUAAAAGAAACUGUCUUACUGCAAAGGGGAUUCCCUGGCCACAGAUUUUGAAUGGUGCAGUUUUAUAAUGUGAAAAUCAUAAAAGGAAGUACUUGAUUUUAUUUUUAAAUUUAGGACCAUUAUUUUAAAAAGUAAUAAUAAACAGCUGUUAGUUGAGCUGUUCCAUUCUGUAUGGGGUCAAUUUUAUAAGCAGAAGUUUUCAUGUCUUUUAAAUGUUAAACUAAAGAAUCACUAGAGGUUUGUUUCUGGUCUUGUGGCUGUCAACCACAUUUCCAACAGCUGAUCCUAAGCAUAGAAGUAUUAUUGGUUACCUUUAGCCCAUAUUUGUGGAAAUCCUUUAUUUUUAUACAAUUUUAAGAAAUUGGAAAGAAAAAAAAUCAACAGAAAAAAACCAGUAUUUUAUCCCCAAAGAGUUUGGAUUUGAAACCGUAAAGAUGGAACCACACAGUGCAAACCAACAAUAGCAAUAACACAGAUUCCUUCAUAACAAAUAUAUUUUUUCAGUCUUAGGCAAGUGAGGAGACAAAACUGUGGACAACUAAGUUGCAUUUGGAACAGUGCUUUGAAGUGAAUUUGUAAAGAUGCUUCAUGCUCCCUAUAAGUUUGAUGCAGCAGUUUUCUGUAUGAACUGUGUUCUGCUGGCCAAGGACCUGGUUGGGCAGGUGGUCAAUAGAUGAACAAACUGCAAACCCUGACAGUCAGCCCCCACCUCUCCCUGCCAUGUGGGGCACCCUGCCGCAGGAGGAGGUGUUUUUCAGUUGGAGGUACUAUUUAGAAAUCCCAGCAUUUCCAGCAGGUGUUACCCCUCCUGUCUGUGUGUGGACGGAACGUGUGGCUCCUGCAGCACGAGCACUCCCUGGCAGCAGCUGGGGGGAUGUCCCAGUGAUUGCUGAUGGUACAGGGCUGUGCCAGCCCCUGCUGUCACUCGUGUCUGACCCCACUGUGCCACAGCCCUGUGCCCCAGGAGAGGUGCUGAUGUUCCCCUUGCAGGUGAAACCAAGUGGGAGCUGUCAUGACCCCCUGGAUGUUUUGCAUGUCCCCCCAUGACGCAGCCCUGCCCUGGAGCCAGGAGCAGGGAGGGGCUGUACCUGUGGCUCCCCAGCCCAGAGCUCAGUGUGGGUGUCUGCAGGAGGACAGUGGCCUUUGGGAAGGGGCUGGCUGGCUCAUUUGGGACUGCACUGCCUGCCCUGCUGAGCCAGAGGAGCUCUGGCAGCUCCUGGCAGUGCAAGGUGAGCAAGGGUGAGGGAAUGGAGAUAUUUUAUUAAAUGGGAAAGCCAGUUGUCACUGUUCCAUGGGCUGCUAGAAGAGUGAGAGGACUAGUCCAGUCAGUGCUUUUUGUUGAACCCCACCAAUGCCUCUGUGCUUAGGUGGAAACAGUGCAGAACUUGGUGACUGCUGUGGUGUCAUGGCAAUCCUGGGUGCAGAUCACACUCAGGGUGUGAUCUGGUCAGCCAGAACAGCACUGGUGGAUCCGUUCUGCUGAGGGAGCACAGUGUGGAACAGCAGGAACAGCUGCAGUGUAGCUGGGGAGUUUGCAUGAAGGUUCUUUGUAGCUGGGCUGAAGCUUGCACCAUCCAUUCUUUAUUCCCCAAGUGUACAAAAUCCUGUGAAUGCUUGUGUUUGUCCUAAGCAGUCUUGAAGCUGGUACACUGAGACCCCCCCUUGGUGCUGCUCUUUGGACUCUGGCAGGACUUCAUUUCCCAGGCUGUGGAGUCUGUUCUGAGGAGUGUGUGUUUGUGUGUGUGCAUGUGUGUGCUCGGCGUUUGUGUGUGUAUGUACAGCACACAUACAUCUACUGGCUGGUGUAAAUUGUAAAUAUGUAUAUAUGUACAGGUACUUGUAUAUGUAUUAAAAAGAAUGAACCCCA